CUUUUUCCUAAAAAAAAAUAAUUAAAUAUAGAAAAUGUCAGAUAAAACCAAAGUACAAGAUUUAAAUUAUUAUAUAAACUGGUUGGAUAAGUUAAUUACCGAAGAAUAUAUUAAAUUUUAUGAAUAUUCUGAAUUCAAAAGUAUUCAACGAAUAGGAAAAGGUUCAUUCGGGAAAGUUUAUCGUGUUAAUUGGAAAAAUUCUGAUCGUAUUUUCGCUUUAAAAUUUUUUAAUAAUGAUGAACUUACUCUUAAAGAAGUUGUCAAAGAGUUAAAAUUGCAUAGGUGUGUUGAUGACCAUGAUAAUAUCAUACGUUUAUAUGGAAUAACAAAAGUUACAGAAGAUAUAAACAAUCAAAUAAAAAAUUAUUCCUUAGUCUUAGAAUAUGCUAACGGUGGUACAUUAAAUACUUAUUUAAAAAACCAUUUUAAUGAACUUGAUUGGAAUGACAAAUUUCGUUUAGCAUGGCAAUUGAUUGAUAUUCCAUUUUUUUUCGUAAUUAAAGCAUGAAAACAAUAUACUCGUACAUCAGAAAAAUAUCAAAUUAGCGGAUUUUGGUUUAUCAAAAAAAAUUGCUGAAGCAUCAAGUAGUACGUCACAAAUA